AUGCAAGUUUCAUCACAAAAGUCGACAGCGAGCACUAGCAAGCCACCAAUAAGCCAUCCCCCUUCAGUCAGCGGAAACUCCAUAAGUCUUGAACAAGAAGGAAGUGAAAGCAUUCGUGUCUGUGUAAGGAUUCGGCCACUUAACCAAAGAGAAAUUUCACAAGGAAAUGCAAACUGUAUUGAAGUUCAAAAUCCUCAGCUCCUGACUCUCCAAAUGAAAACUGGCGUGCGACAAUAUGCAUUUCACCAAAUUUUCGAUGUUUCUACCAAUCAAGCUGAAGUUUUUGCAGAGACUGGGAUAAAUUCUCUUCUAGAAAGUGCCUUAGAAGGAUACUCAUGCACUGUGUUCGCAUAUGGACAAACAGGCAGUGGAAAAACCUAUAGCAUGGCAGGCGUCGAAGACAGGCUUGGUGGCGCUGAAUACACCUCUGAUGAAACUGAUGGAAUUAUCCCAAGGUCGAUUUCUUAUAUUUGGCAAAGAAUGUCUUCCAGACAAGAAAGAUAUUACGUCAAAUCUGGGUUCUUUGAAAUCUAUAAUGAGCAGGUGAGAGAUUUAUUAAACCCAGGAUCAGGGGUUUUGCAUUGCAGGUGGAACUCUAAACAAGGAUUCUUUGUAGAAGAGCUUAUGAUCGUUGACUGCACCAAUAUUGAUGAUUUAAUUGCUGUGCUGCAUGAAGGGAUGAAAAAUAGGAAAAGUGGAAGCCAUGAGCUUAAUGCGGACAGCUCAAGGUCACACUCAAUUUUGAUGGUGUAUUUCAUAAGUGAAAUAACCUCAGAAGAAGGGCAUAGCUAUAAAAGGUAUGGGAAAAUGUACUUUGUGGAUUUAGCUGGAAGUGAAAGAAUAAAAGAGACUAAAAGCAGUGGUGGGAUGCUGAACGAGACGAAAAAUAUAAAUAAGUCGCUGUUUACACUGGGAAAAGUGAUUUCGUCACUUGGGGAUAAGAAAGGGAAUGCUUUAAAGCCACAUAUACCGUACAGAGAUUCCAAGUUGACAAUGGUGCUGAUGGAUUCGUUAGGAGGCUCGUCAAGAGCUAUAAUGAUUGCUUGUGUCUCGCCUGCUUCUUCAUAUAUAGAAGAGACAGCAAGCACCCUGAAUUAUGCAACAAGAGCUAUGAAUAUUCAAAAUAAGCCUAUCUUGCAGGUAGAUAAUAGUGAAUACUUGAUAUUAAAUCUAAGAAGAGAAGCUCAGCUACUUAGGCUAGAAAACGAGUAUCUAAAAGAGCAGCUUGCCCGUGCCACAAAUGGCCAGCCUCCUCUGAUGGUUGACAUUGCUAACAACUAUAGCAACCAGAAUAAUCCUGCCCAAGAUCCAGUUCUCCAAGAAUUCACAUUUGAAGUAAAUAAGCUGAGAGAAGAAAAUGCCAAGCUCAGAGAAUCCAAAGAAAAAGCAGAGGCAUCUUAUCAUCAGUCGAUGAUUGAUAACCAAAGCAUGCACAUAAAACUUGAAAAUUUAGAAUACGCCUUUGUUGGGUCCACCAGCUUAAAAGAUGAAGCGGCGCCAAAAAUUUCCCAAGAGUAUACAAUUAGUACUCUCCUCAAUGAAAAUGCUAACCUAAAAAAGCGUUUAUCAGCAUUACAAGAAGAACAAGCACAGAUGCUCUUUAAAAAAGGCGAAGGAACCCCUAUGAUUACCCCUCAAGAAGACAUGGCACAGCUAAGGGAAUAUAACGAACAAAUGCAAAAAAGGGUGGAGCAACUUCAAGCUCGAGAGCGAGAGCUCUUAGCCGAUUUAAUGAAGCUGCAAAGAGGAAAGUCUCCUAAACCUAAAAACUAA